ACGACGGAAUCCCACAUGGAUCGAUCCAUCCAUCCAUCCCCACUGUUUUAUAGGCGCAGCUGCUGCCCUCCCAACCGAUAGCCAAAGUCCAACGCCUCCCACAAUUCGCGCAAAGGCACCCAGGGCCAGAAGGACCACCCCUGCCCCCCUACCCGCCCCACCCCCACCCCGGCCGGCGGCGAUGCCCCCGACGACGCCCCAGCGCCGGAAGCAGGACGAAUCGGGCGAAAACUGGCGCGAGGAGGCCGUGUCCGCCGGCUCGCUGCGGCAGGUGGACCUCGACAGGGGCACCAACGGCUGGGCCGCGCCGCCGGGCGACCUGUUCCAGCUGCGCGCGCGGGGCUACUUCUCCGGCGGCGGCGGGAAGCGCGGCAAGGCGGCGGCGUCGGCGGACUGGCUCCUCCGCCCCGCCGGCGUCGACUGGCUCCGCUCCCACGCGCGCCUCGACCACCUGCUCGCCCGCGACGACGUCCCCGUCGCCGCCGCCUUCCGCCGCGCGCGCCUCCGCAAGGACCCCGACGCCCACUUCCUCCUCGCCGUCAAUCUCCAGGUCCCCGGCCGGCCGGACGCCUACAGCUCGGUCUUCUACUUCGCCGCGGAGGCGCCCAUCCCGCCGGACUCGCUGCUCGGCCGCUUCGUCUACGGCGACGACGCGUACCGCAACGCCCGCUUCAAGAUCGUCAACCGCAUCGUCAAGGGCCCCUGGCUCGUCCGCGCCACCGUGGGCAACUACGGCGCGUGCCUCCUGGGCCGCGCGCUCACGUGCCGCUACCACAAGGGCGAUGAUUACCUCGAGAUCGACGUGGACAUCGGCAGCUCGGCGAUCGCCACCGCCAUCCUGCAUCUGGCGCUGGGCGCCGUCACGUCGGUGACCAUCGACAUGGGCUUCCUUGUUGAGUCCCAGUCCGAGGAGGAGCUGCCCGAAAAGCUCUUCGGCGCUGUGCGCAUCGCGCAGAUGGAGAUGGGCUCGGCCAAGUAUGUGGAGACGGCGACUGAGGAGCCUGAGACGGCCGGCAAGGCGGCGCCGGGGUUCAGGGUUGGUUCGGCGAGGGUGGCCAACGAUAGCCGCCACCAGGAACGGGCCAGCGGCAAGGCCAGCAGGUCGAUGAGCUGCCAGGAACGCCUGGGCGGAGGUGAGGGCUCAAAUCACUCCUGACAUCUUCUUCAUAGCAGUGUUAGGUAUUUCAAUGCAGCUAAUUUGACAACUUCAAUAUGAUGAUCGGGCAUGAACUCAAUGGUACAUAACUUAUAAGUACUCUAUAUGAUAUAGUAGCCGACGAAUUCGUUCGCUGUUAGCAUACGCCACUGCAUAAUAAUUCCAUGAUUCUGUCAGUUAUGGCUGAUAUUUAGCUCAGCUGGCCUUACAACAGCAUGAGAGUGAUGGCAUUGGCAAUGCCAUUUCAAGUUUCCAACGCAUUUUUCAUUAUCUUCAGAGUGAUGCUUGAUCUGUUGGCUGGAUAUAUUAUAUUUAUCCCAA